AGUGCGUUGAGACAGAUAGGUAUCGCCACAGUUGGGCCAAAAUAACAGAAUAUUGACUUUGUCGUCACAGGCAGACGAUCAUGGCGUCUAAAAAUGGCCCUACUGUCAUGGGAACGGACGGACGGGACUUUCUUCACCGGCAGAAAGUUGCUUCGCAGUAUCAAGUUAGUGUUCAGGCAAAAACAAGGCUGAAGUUCUGCCUGUUUCUCCAUCUGCUUCUCUUCAUUGUUAUGCUCAUUAAACUGUCACCAGAUAUUUUGGACAAGUUGAACAUAUUCAUCCUGGAAAUUGAGGAACUUGAGAUACCCCAGCCUUUGAAGUGGGAAUAUGUAUGGAGCUUCUGCAUGUUAUAUUCUCUCUUUGCCUGGUCUGCUUGCAAGAAGAACAACACUCUUCUGCUUCAGGUUUAUGCUGGUGGCAUCGUCGCCCUCGGUCUGGCGCCUGCGCUGUUUGCGCUCUGCUACUACCUGCCCGACGUCUACCGGUUCGCGUCCAGUGGCUCGGCGGAGGGCCAGCUGGUCUGGCAGGGGUACCCGUACUCCAUGAUCAACCUGGCGUUCCUGCUGGCGGCACUGCAGGUGCACGCCUUCUCGCUGCUCUUCUCCAGCCGGCUGCUGGCCGCGUGGCGGGUGCGCGGCGCCGGCAAGGCCCAGUAGGCGGUGCGCACGUGCGGCGAGCGCCGCUCCUGGGACGCCCGGACGCGCCGCGCGCCGCACGCGCCACCCGGCCGCCAGUGAUCGGGGACGCCCUUCACGUACUGCCGUGUUAGCCUCACUCUAACUGUCUUCCUGACGUUUUGGUAAUAUGAUAGCGAUUGAAUCUCUUCCGUUGUUACCGUUGCCGGAUAGUGCCGUCCUCCUCCAACGGAGAGCACAUUGGUCCUAUAUGUCAGAGUGCGCGGAGUGUU